AUGGACACUCUAAAGAGAAGACACACCACGACGCAAAAUGGCAUGGCUGCAUGCAGCAUCAUGGCUGAAGAAGGCUACGACCCCAUUUCAUUGAACGACGAUCAAGACGAUAUCUAUGCCGAAAAGGAGAGAUCAUUUCGCAAUCGACAUCCUCACACCUCAGGCUACAAAAAGUAUAUGGCAGCUGCAAAAAAGUAUCAGCACGUGCUUAUCCCUACAACAUUGACAUUGUUGUCAUUUAUCACACGUUUCUAUGACCUUGCUCGAUCCGAUUCCGUCGUUUGGGAUGAGGCACAUUUUGGAAAGUUUGGUUCAUAUUACCUCAAGCGAGAAUACUAUUUUGAUGUUCAUCCACCUUUGGGCAAGAUGCUGGUUGGAUUGUCCGGUUGGCUGGUGGGAUACGAUGGAUCCUUUGAUUUUCAAUCAGGUGCCACCUUUCCAGAAGGACUCAAUUAUUGGGGUAUGCGUUUAUUCAAUUCGGCGUGGGGCGCUCUCAUGGUGCCAUUAGCUUAUGGCACAGCCAAGGAAUUUGGCAUGUCGAUGCGUGCAAGUAUUUUGGCGGCUUCCAUGGUGCUGUUUGAUACGGCAUACCUUUGUAUCAGCCGCUUUAUUCUUUUGGAUUCAAUGCUUUUGUUCUUUACAUGUACAUCACUCUAUUGCCUUUCCAAACUUCGAAGCACGCGUCAUCAACCUUUUUCCAAACAAUGGUGGUUAUGGAUGUUUAUGACUGGUGUUUCUCUUGGCUGUGUCUCAAGUGUCAAAUGGGUUGGAUUGUUUGCUGUGGCUAUGGUGGGCGUCUACACGCUCGAUGAACUUUGGGACUUGUAUGGAGAUCCUCAACUCUCUAUCGUUGUUUAUGCAGCUCACUGGGUGGCCCGUGCAAUCACGUUGAUUGCUGUCCCAAUGGUCGUUUAUGUGGCAAGUUUCAAGGCACAUUUCACAAUCCUCAGUAAAAGUGGUCCUGGCGAUAAUCAGAUGAGCUCGUUAUUCCAAGCACAACUUGAAGGAAAUUCGCUUGGUGAAAGUCCAUUGGAAAUCGCGUUUGGCUCCGAAGUUACCAUAAAGAGCCAAACUUUAGGAGGUGGUCUUCUUCAUUCUCAUGUCCAAAAAUAUCCAGAAGGGUCCAAGCAUCAACAAGUGACGAUUUACCACCACAAGGACGAGAACAACAACUGGGUUCUUCAUCCAGUGGAUGCUGAAGAAGAAGGAGAUGUCAACGAAGAGGAUAUCCAAUACAUCCGUGAUGGCGAUCAUGUUCGUUUGUUGCAUAAGCGUACCAAGGUUUACUUGCAUAGCCACGAGAUGCCCGGCCAUGUUACCAACGAGCAUUACGAAGUCGGUGGACAUGGCACUGAGAAGGACCCCAUGAUUGGCAAUACUUGGAAAGUGGAAGUCAAGGAUGAUAUUGGUGCAAUGAGCAACGACAACAACCGUAUCCAUACGUUAUCUACACGUUUCAGGCUUCGACACGUUGAGUUGGGAUGUCUAUUGCGAUCCGAAAAGGCGUCGCUUCCACAAUGGGGCUUCAAGCAAGGUGAAAUGACAUGUGAUCCAAAUGCCAAAGACAAUGACCCCGCUGUAUUGUGGAACAUUGAAGAACAUGAAAACGAAAAACUGCCUCCUGCUGGUAAACAAGCUUAUCGCAGCAAGUUUUGGCGUGAUUUUAUUCAUUUGAAUGUGGGCAUGUGGCGAUCCAACAAUGCACUUAUCCCAGACCCUGACAAAGAAGACAGGCUCACAUCAGCCCCCACUGAAUGGCCCCUAGUAUCCAUCGGCAUGCGCAUAUGCGGUUGGGGAGAGAAGAAUGUCCGAUACCUUUUAAUGGGUAACCCUGCUGUUUGGUGGGCAAGUGCUGCAUCCUUGGCUGUAUUUGGUUUGACCGUGGCGAUUUACAAUGUGCGUACGCGUCGUCACGGAGCCCACGUAUUACAAGGGAAAAAAAUGGAUGACUUUUAUUUCACGGGCAGGGUUUUGCUUAUUGGAUGGUUCUUUCAUUACUUGCCAUUCUUCAUCAUGGGACGUGUCACCUACCUUCACCAUUAUUUCCCAGCCUUGUACUUUAGCAUUUUCAUGGUGCCAUUGUUGAUGGAUCAUUUUGUCGCCCAAUCCUCUCCAAGAACACAAACCGUGGUCUUUACCAUUGCGUUAGCAUUGGUCAUCUCUGCAUUUAUCUAUUUCAGCCCUAUUGCAUUUGGCAUGACAGGUCCACUUGACAAGUAUACAGGAAGAAUGUGGUUUAGAAAUUGGCGAUUCGCUGAUGAAGAAUAG